AUGGCCGAUGCCCAAGUUGCAACAGUGUCCAACGAGCUGCCAGAGACGGACAACUUGGCUAUUGGAUUUUUUAAGGAGAUUAUUCUCGAUCAGAAUUGCCGUGAUCUGAUCGAGAGGUAUUGUAAAUUGCCCUCCGAUCAGGUGGUGCCCCAUCUCUACACCGUACGCGAAAAAGCAUGGAAGGUCUUCCCCUGGCCAUGCGUGGGCAUGUGGUCCUUUGUUGUUCCCACGGUCAAUACAUUGCCUCAGUAUUCCAGCAUCAUCAGCCGGGCAAAGGAAGGAGGUCAGAGGAUUCUCGACCUCGGUUGUGCUCUUGGUCAGGAUGUCAGGCAAAUGAUCGACGAUGGAGUACCCGACCACCUCGUAUAUGGAGUUGAGCUUGAGGCAGGCUUUAUCGACUUGGGGUAUGACUUGUUUCUUGACCGUGAUACGCUCAAGUCGCAAUUUAUCUCGGCAGACGUACUCGAAAAGUCCGGCCCUAAUCCGGAACUCGCAGCAUGGAACGGCAAGAUCGACAUUAUCUAUAACGGCCGUUUCUUGCAUUGUUUCAGCCGAGACGACGGACUCGUGGUCGCAAUGCGCAUGACGAAGCUGCUAAGCAAUCGCUCCGGAUCUGUCAUCGUUGGCGAAUGCUUGGGAGGCAGAAUUGACCGAGAGGUAGUAGCUCCAAUUGGCAAGCUCCACCUUUACAGCGUCGAGUCAUUCAAGGAAAUGUGGACCCAAGCUGCUGAAAAAACGAAAGUAAAGUUCAAGGUCGACGUAAAAGCCCAAUCAGCAGGGCAGGCGCAGAUGGCACACUUUGGUGGAGACGUGGUCAGCUUAGUCUUCUGGGUGGAGAGAUUGUGAGCGAGUGGCAUUGGACAUCUGAAACAUCGCAGGAUGAAUCCUAGAGCUCGAUAAACUCGAGCCUUUAACCCCCUGCCGAACCUUCCGAAGUCAUCCUGGUCUGUUGUUGAGAAUAAUGCUACGGUUAUGUCGAGCGAUUAAU